AACCCACAAAACAUUAUCGAAAAAACCGCGCAUCGUGGUUCUAUUACGCGAGUUUCAUUGCGCGAGCGAGAUAAGAUCACUGGAUGGCCUCGAAUGCGGUGCUCGGGAAGCUGAUUUUAGCGGCAACGUUCGGUUCGUUUCUGUACUACGUCUUCUGGGUGGCGGUGUUGCCGUUCAUGGUGAUUGAAGGCGAAGAAAGCUGGAUCUACUCCCUGUUUCCACCGAUGCAAUUUGCGUUCCUCGUUCCGGCGACAUUCGGCGUGGCACUGAUCGGUGGGCUUUCACUGUUCUCGGUCUACCACUUGCGCGAGCAUCUCGGCGAUCGGACGGCGUAGAUUGAUCGAGGUAAGCAACGUUCGCGUUAGAAAAUCUGUAUCUUUUCUCUCAUUGGGUGAGCAAUGAUAAAAAGAUUAGCUCUAGUGACAGCGAGCAUCCUCCCUAAAGACCUCCAACGGUAAGCCAGAGGCUUUUGGGACACACAACAACCAAUCACCGUAAUCGCCCGCCGUUGUCUGUCACGGAGAUAAGGAACUCGCUCGGUGAUAAGUCGGUG